AUGGCAGUAGAUCCUAGCCACUCGGUACAAAGAUCUCUACAAUACUGUCUCAAGAAUGGUUCAAGAAUCAUUUUGCCCUUAGCUGCAACAUUAAAAUGGGACUUUUCAGAGUUAGCCGUGGUGAAUCCAUAUCUGGCGAAUCCACUGUGGAAUAUGCACGCCGAGCCAUCACAUCCUCCACUCCAAUCUCAACACCCUACGAAAUUGAGCAGCGAACGCCUUGCAGAAGGGCGUACACGUGAAGACCAACCGCUCGAUCUAAGCCGAAAAUCGGGAUUGGAAGCCAUUAUCGAUAUCGAGACCGCCAAUUAUAGCCACAAGCAACGAAAACAAAAUCAACCGCCGCUCGACGCUACUGAAAAGGAGACCACUGGGCAAGAAGAAAUAGUCAGGAACGGGUAUGGCAUAAAACGUAACUACAGUCAAGUUGAUUUGACAGCAGCAGUCAACGAUAUUAGGUGUGGGAGGCUGGGAACGAGGCGAGCCUCAGUGGUUUACGGUAUCCCACGUUCAACUCUCAGAAACAAAAUUUACAAAUUAGAAGCUGCGGAAGAGCAAGCAGGGCAAGCUCCACUCAACAAGAGAAGACGUCCGGGUGGUCAGAGCAACGCCGAGAAAAAGUUGGCAGAACAAGUGGAAAGACAAAAGAAGGCAUCCACUCCGGUUACUGAAUGCUCAUCAAUUUCGCCAAGUAGUGAUGGAACGGAUGGUGAGAAAAAGUACAAUGCGGAUAAUUGUUGGGAUAGCGAAUGGACAACGAACUUGUGGCAGAGCCUUUUCAGUCAAAAUAGUACGAACAUGACUGCAGACAUUAUGGGAACUGGUGGGAAAGAGGAAACCAAAAAGGAGGAAAUGUCUGAAUGGAAGAAGAGCCGACCAAAACGAGGACAGUAUAGGAAAUAUGAUAAAAAUGCUUUGGACGAGGCAGUUCAAAGCGUACGCCGUGGCGAGAUGAGCGUUCAUAGAGCUGGAAGUUAUUAUGGUGUGCCUCAUUCAACCCUCGAGUACAAGGUAAAAGAGAGAAAUUUGCUGCGUAAGAAAAAGGACUCGCCGCCUGUGAAAGAGAUUUCGCUCAUGCAGGAACCUAUGACAUCAUUGAAUAUAUCUGAAGAAUCUCCAAGUCCUGCUAUUGCUGUAUAG